CUGAAGUGUAGUUGAGCUGUUGUGUGUUUGUGUCUCUGUAUUCAUGCAGUAAAAUGGCAGGAGCCCAGUUUUUUCAAGAUGAGUUCUUGUGUCCAGUGUGUCUGGAUCUCCUGAAGGAUCCAGUGACCACUUCCUGUGGACACAGUUACUGUAAGAGCUGUAUUACAAGCCACUGGGAUCAGGAGGAUCAGAUGAGAGUCUACAGCUGCCCUCAGUGCAGACAGACCUUCAGUCCAAGACCUGCUUUAGCUAGAAACACCAUGCUGACUGAAGUGGUGGAGAAACUGAAGAAGACCAAACUUCCUGCUGACUGUUACGCUGGAGCUGGAGAUGUGCAGUGUGACGUCUGUACUGGAAGAAAAUACAAAGCCGUCAAGUCCUGUCUGAUGUGUCAGGAAUCUUACUGUCAAUCUCAUUUUGACCGUCACGAGGAGUUUCAUUCACGUAAGCCACACAAAGUGAUUGAUGCCACUGGACGACUGCAGGAGAUGAUCUGCCAGAAACAUGAGAAGAUCCUUGAGGUUUUCUGUCAGACUGAUCAGAAAUGUAUAUGUGUGCUGUGUACGAUUAUUGAACAUAAAAACCACAACACUGUAUCAGCAGCAGAACAGAGGACAGAGAAACAGAAGCAGCUGAAGGAGAUGCAGAAGACAUUCCAGCAGAGAAUCCAGCAGAGAGAGAAAGAUCUUCAGCAGCUGAGAGAGGCUGUGGAGUCUCAUAAGCGCUCUGCACAGACAGCAGUGGAGGACAGUGAGAGGAUCUUUACUGAGCUCAUCUGUUCCAUUGAGAGAAGCCGCUCUGAGCUGAUACGGCUGAUCAGAGAUCAGGAAAAGACUGCGGUGAGUCAAGCUGAAGGACGACUGGAGCGACUGGAGCAGGAGAUCAAUGAUCUGAGAAGGAGAGAUGCUGAGCUGGAGCAGCUUUCACACACACAGGAUCACAUCCAGUUCCUGCAGAGUUUCCAGUCUCUCUCAGCACCUCCUGAAUCUACAGAUGUAAAUGACGAUCCCUUCAUUUCUCUCAUCUCUUUUGAUGGUCUGAGAGAAUCUGUCCAUCAGAUGAAAGACAAACUGGAGAAUUUCUGCAAAGAGGAGCUCAAGAAGAUCUCAGACAGAGGUAAAGUCCUGGAGAUUCAUCUGCUCUCAGAAACGAGUCCAUCAUCAUCUCAUAUCAUGGAGAACAUCAUAUUAGAAAUGUGUUAGGAAUGGAUGCAGGAUCAUGAGAAUCACACUGUUCAUGUCUGUUGAUUUCCACAGUCACAUUCACC